AUGACCUCAGAUCCGAUAGUUUUGCUCACGACUUCGAUGGAGGAAAAGGGAAAUAAAGACAUGUAUAACAACGAUGAGGUGGCUGUGAUGAAAUUGGCGCUUUUGGAGGAACAACUAUCGUCAGUUCGAGAAAAAAUGCCACUUUUGGAGGCGGUGAUUGUGCAAUUGAGUGAAGAGUUACGAGUAAAAGAGGAGCUGAUCAAUGAACAGAAACAUUUGAUUGAGGUACUUGAGGCCAUGCACAACAAUGAGAAAAAUGCGAAGAAUGAGAAAGAUGAGACGGAAUCAACGAAAAGCGAAGCUGAAGUGACUGUGAUUGAGAAUCUUGUAGAAGCAGGAGCCUCAAAACCGGAAAAAGAGACGGAGCAGCCACCGCAAUGUAUCUAUGACGAAGUGGCCCGUUUGAGGAUUGGAUUGAGCAGGGCAAUGGUUGAUAGGGAAAAGCUCGAGCUCCAAAACGAGCAACUCCUUCGCCAAUGGGAGGAGGCUCUCGAAUACGUGAGUACGGUUCAACGCCAAUUGCAUGAAGAAAUGCAGCGGUGCUGUGGUUUGCAAGAGCAACUGAUUGACACCCGAAAGAGACAUCAAGAUUUGGUGUGCGUCUCGCGUGAUUUCGUUCAAUUUUUGGGCGUUUUUGCAGCAGUGCUCGCGGUAUGGCUGUACAUGUUA